CUUGUUGCUACUCAACUCUUUCUAACUUAUUUUGGACUUCACCAACACUAUGACGACCGUUGCUUCUACCAAAAAUGCCUCUGUCGGCCAGCCUCCAAAGCGAAAGAAGAAUAUGGCAAUGCAUUUGUUUUCAGGUGGUGUUGCUGGCUGUUGCGAGGCUCUUGCUUGCCAUCCUCUUGAUACUAUCAAGGUACGGCUUCAGCUUAGAGGGGAACGACGGGCCAGCAUGGCUGCACUGUCCCAUAUUGGUCCUGGCAAUGCAGCUGCUUCUGUGGCAGCAUCUGCUGCUGUCAAGCCAAAGGGACAAAACUUUAUUGGUGUUGGCAUGCAGAUUGUUCAGCGUGAAGGAUUUUUAUCACUGUACAAGGGACUUGGUGCUGUCACUGCUGGAAUUGUACCCAAAAUGUCAAUUCGAUUCUCGUCGUUUGAAUACUACAAAGAGAGUCUAGCCAAACGUGAAGGCGGUACUGCCUCUUCAGCCAGCAUCUUUCUUGCUGGUUUGGGAGCCGGUGCAACAGAGUCGGUUCUUGUGGUUACUCCCAUGGACGUUGUCAAGAUCCGCUUGCAAGCUCAGCAUCAUUCCAUGACAGACCCCACUGACAUUCCAAAAUAUCGAAAUGCGGCUCAUUGUAUGUAUGUGAUGGUACGAGAAGAGGGCAUUGCGUCGCUGUACAAAGGCGUGAAUCUGACAGUCCUACGUCAAGGCACAAAUCAAGCUGCUAAUUUUACAGUUUACGAGUUUCUCAAGACUAGACUGUAUACUCUCCAGCCUGAUGUCAAAGACACGCUUCCGCCAUGGCAGACAUUUGUCAUAGGGUUAGUUUCUGGUGCAUGCGGGCCGCUGUUUAAUGCACCACUAGAUACAAUUAAAACUCGAAUUCAAAAAAAUCCAUCUACUGAUCGUGGCUGGACUCGAUUUGUUAAUAUUUCCAAAUCGAUUAUCAAGAAUGAGGGUUAUCUAGCAUUCUACAAUGGACUAACACCCCGAAUUCUUCGUGUUGCUCCUGGUCAAGCAGUAACAUUCAUGGUAUAUGAACGAGUGUAUUCAUGGGUAUCAAAUCUAAGUCAAAGUCUACAGAUUGAGGAUAUUCAAAAGGCAGGACUUCAAGCCACGGACCCAAACGAAACCUGAUUGAUGUUAUCGACAAGUUCCAAAUUAAUUGAAUGGAUUGCGUAACAAAUGACAGGAUGCUUGUAAUGAGUGACAUCAAUCCUUAUGAAUCUUGAAUGAAAUGAUUUGAUUCACAAC